AUGAGCUCAUCUCACAUUUGGAAUUGCUCGAUAUGCGGAUGGCAUGUGGACCAAUCCGGCGGGUAUGCUCCACCUCUCCCCGGCCCACCGCCGAACGCCUACAACCCUCACUACCAACCCAAUUAUGGUCCACCCCCUGGUCAACAGCAAUGGGCACAGUCACAUCCCAAUUCAUUUCAAGGUCAGCCUGGGCAGUAUCAGCAACCUGGCUACGGCCCGCAACCCGGAUAUGGCCCACAACCUGGAUAUGGCUACAAUCCUGGGAAAUAA